AUGACAGCAUCUCUUGCUAGUUUGAGCGAUUUGUGCGUGUGUGGGUGCCUGCAGCCCGUGCACCACAUAGAGAGAAGAGGAGAGGCUGCCUUUGGCAGCUAUACAUCCGCAAGCGUAGAAGGCCUUCUCCAGGGAGGGUUGUCCUUCAGUAGCUUAGAGGCUGGAGAACCUGCGUACAAAAUUCUGAGGAGGUUGUUUGAGAAGCUAAAGGAAUCCAAACGGGCAGUGAAUAGCCUUCGGGAUAUUGUCGACGAUGAUGACGAUGACCUUGAGAAGGUCAGCUGGAGUGGGGAACCUGUGGGAAGUAUCUCCUGGUCAAUCAAAGAGACAGCCUCCAGCAGCGCUAGCUCCCUGGAGGGCCGAGACUCCAGCCUGCAGAAAGGUUCUUCCUCCUAUACUGCUUUUCCCAAACAAGCCUCCUCCUACUCCCUAAGCAGCCUAUUCAAAGGGCGAAACAGACUUCCAAGUUUCCAGUCCCUUUCAGAUGCCCUCUCUGACCCAGGGGUUAAAAACUACGCCCCAGAGCUGCGCAGGCCAAAAGCUGAAUACAAGGAUUACAGCAGUGACUGGAGCCCCAAAGAUACUGUCAGGCGAAUGCAGAGGGGCAAGGUCUGCUCUCUAGAGAGGUUCCGCUCCCUGCAGGACAAGCUGGUGCUCUUGGACGAAGCUGUGGCAGGGCAUGAUGGCAAUGUCAUUACAGCUGUCCUGAUAUUCCUGAAACGGACACUAAGGAAAGAGAUCUUGUUUCGGGAGCUGGAGGUGCGGCAGGUGGCCCUGUGUCAUCUGAUCCAUUUUCUCAAAGAGACGGGUGAGCAGAAGUUGCUUCUGGAUCUGCUCAGGUUCCUGGACAGGACUGAGGAAGUUGCACUGUCCCAGUAUCGGGAGCAUUUGAACAUCCAGGAUGUAGAAAAACGGAGGGAGUUUCUGAAAGGCUGCAUCGGGUUGCCAUUUUCAGCUGAGGAUACAGCUCACAUCCAAGACCAUUAUACUCUGCUGGAGAGACAGAUAAUCAUUGAGGCCAAUGAUCGGCACUUAGAAACAGCUGGGCAGUCAGAGAUAUUUCGGAAAUAUCCUCGCAAGGCCUCGAUUCUCAACAUGCCACUGGUGACCACUCUCUUCUACUCCUGUUUCUACCACUACACAGAGGCUGAGGGGACAUUCAGCAGCCCAUCCAACCUGAAGAAAACAUUUAAGAUUCCUGAUAAGCAGUAUGUGCUGACUGCCCUGGCUGCGCGGGCCAAGCUGCGAGCUUGGAAUGAUGUCGAUGCCCUCUUCACCACCAAGAACUGGCUGGGCUAUACCAAGAAGAAGGCACCCAUUGGCUUCCACCGGGUGGUGGAGAUCUUGCAGAGGAAUAAUGCUCCUGUGCAGGUGCUGCAGGAUUACGUGCGCCUGGUGGAGGACGUGGAGACACGGUUAAACCUCGCCACCAAGUACAAGUGCCAUGAUGUUGUCAUUGAUACGUACAGAGAUCUAAAGGAUCGUAUCCAGCUGGCAGCGUAUAGAUGCAAAGUGGAGCGAGGCUCGGCAGAAGAAGAAAAGAUAGACAGCAUUCUCAACAAUACGCAAAUCCGAUGGAAGAACUGAGCACGUAUGAAGCAGCCCACUUGGCCAUUGCCUUGCCAGUGAGAGAGGAAACCACACAACCCGGUCCAGUGCCAACAGAGCAACUGUUACUAGUCGUUGCAUGGUUAAUAUCUGUCAGUGACAGUGGGUGCCUGUGGCUUGUGGGACAGAGGCAUUUCGGCUGGUUGGAGGCAGCUGCUCCCAUGUAGCCAGUGAAACGUGGUACUGAUCCACCAGGGCUGAUUCUUUUUGGAAUCUGGAUCUCUGCUUUGGCUGUAAGCCAGGCAUGGCUUGUGUUUACAGAUGGCAGUCACUGGGCACAGCAGGGUUAUAUUUGCUCUGUGUGGUGUCUGGGCUUAUUCCAGCAAGAGGAACAGGUCAAUUGCACUCAUGGGUCUCUCCAACAGACGAUGCUGACCAGUCCCUAUAACGCUUCCAGCUGACUUGGGCAUCAGCAGCCUUGGCUGUGUCCAGAGUAAAGCCUACAGGGCUGUGUUCUCUCUGCCUCAAAGAGUGUGAUGGGGGAGAGAACUAGGUGUACCUUACAGACCAUUUUUCUUUUUUGCUGGUUUGUUCUG